AUACAGUUUUUAGACUGAUACUUUCUUAAGAAGUUAUUUUGUAAGUUAAGAGAAAAAGAGAUUUGAAAGAUGGAAGAUACUGCAUUGACUUUCAGGUGUAUGAGAAGUCACUGUGGCCCUGAGCAACCAGUAGGAAAAAUUAUAAAUUCAAUAUGGCACCCAUUUUAGAUUGGAAGAAGCUUAUGAAAGUUGAUCCAGAUGCUCUGCCUCAUCAGGAGAAACUAGCGGACAGAUUGCUGGAGACCAUGUCCAAGGUUGAUGGGAAAGACUUGAAAACUCAAACUCCGGAACAACUGAUACACCUUUUUAAAAUUACUCAGUCACUAAUGAAGAUGAAAGCUCAAGAGGUGGAACUGGCACUAGAAGAAGUAGAAAAAGCUGGGGAAGAGCAAGCCAAAUGUGAAAAUCAAUUUAAAACAAAAGUGAUGAAACUUGAAAAUGAAUUACAGAUGGCACAAAGGUCUGCUGGUGGUCCUGAUACUUGUUUUUUGCGUGAUGAGAUCUGUCAACUGGAAAAACAAUUGGAACAAAAAGAGAGACAGUUAACAGAUAUAGAAAAAGAAUUGGAAAAAGAGAAGAAAGUCAAUGAACAGCUUGCUCUUCGAAAUGAAGAUGCCGAAAAUGAAAACAUCAAAUUAAAGAGAGAGAAUGAACAAUUGCGUCAGGAUGUAGUUGACUAUCAGAGGCAAAUAGAUUCUCAGAAAGAAACAAUUCUGUUUCAAAGAGGAGAGGAUUUGGAUCACAGAUCGCAGUUGUCCAGAAAGAACUUUGAGCUUGUCCAGUAUUUGGAUGAAAUUCAGAAUUUGACUGAAGCUAAUGAGAAGUUAGACAUUCAAAACCAAGAAAUGAGGAAGAAUCUCGAGGAAUCAGUGCAAGAAAUGGAGAGGAUGACUGAUGAAUAUAACAAAAUGAAAGUGAUGGCGCAACAAUCUGAUAUUUUUAUGGAUCAGUUAAGAAAAGAGAAAGAACUGUACAAAUUGCAAGUUCAGGAGCUUUCAGACCAGCUGAAAGCAAAGAAUGAGGAAGACGAUCCACUCAUGGCAGCUGUAAAUGCAAAAGUUGAAGAAUGGAAGAAAAUCUUAGCUUCGAAAGAUGUUGAACUCCGAGAGUAUCAGCAAAUGUUGUUUAACUUGAAAGAGAAAAUGAAAAUGGCCCAACUUGAUGUAGACAAAAACAGUAUGAUGGCCCUUCAGCAGGGAGUGCAAGAGCGAGAUGCUCGGAUAAGAUUGCUAACUGAGCAAGUUGAAGAGUAUACCAAAGAAAUGGAACAAAAUGCAUUUAUUAUUGAGAAAUUAAAAAAUGAGCUCCAAAAAGAUAAAGGUGACUCAUCUCUUGCUCAGCAGAAUUGGAUUGGGGAAAUGCAAGAAAAGUUAAAAAUGCUAGAAGAGAGAGCUAAGGAGGCUGAGAAAUCAGCAGAAUUAGCAGAAGCAGAUGCUAGAGAAAAGGACAAAGAGCUUGUUGAUGCGCUGAAACGAAUGAGAGACUAUGAACUGGGUACGUAUGGUUUGGAAGAGGCAGUUGCUGAAAUAAAAGAUUUUAAAAAGCAAAUCAAAAUAAGAGAUCGUGAGAUUGAAACGUUAAUUAAGGAAGUCAAUAAACUUGAACUUAAAAUGAAUGAUUUUCUUGAUGAAAAUGAAGAAUUAAGAGAGCGUUUAGGUCUUGAGCCAAAGGCAAUUAUUGAUUUAAACAGAUUGAGAAACAGCAAAGCACUGAAGCAGCAGCAACAUAGAGCUGAAAACCAGAUUCUUUUGCAAGAGAUUGAACGACUAGAAGAGGAAAGAAUUGAACUGAAAAAACAGGUUCGUAAGUUGGCUCAGGAGAAAGGAAGAAGAGUUGCAACCAUAGGAUUGGAUGCUUGUGAUGUGCAGGUAACUGAUAGCUUUACUGAAGAGAAGGGAAUGAAUGAGAGGAAGUUGGAUUUCUUGCACAGACAUGAUAUUGCUGAAGUAAAAGCAAAGAAUGAAUAUCUUGCAAAUGAAUUAAGUGUGAGAGAGAGAGAUUUGGAGAAGAACAAGACUGUAAUAGCCAAAUUUCAGUCGAAGUUAAAAGCAUUAUCAGAAGAAAACAAACAACUUGAACAAGGAAUGAAAGAAAUAUUGCAAGCUGUCAAGGAAAUGCAGAAGGAUCCUACUGUGAAGGGUGGAGAAACAGCCUUAAUAAUCCCUAGUCUGGAUCGUUUAGUUAAUGCAAUGGAGUUAAAGAAUUCAGAGGGAGUCUUUGAUGCUAGUGUGCACUUGAAAGCUCAGGCUGAUCAGCUUACCGGACGAAAUGAAGAAUUAAGACAGGAACUGAAGCAGACUCAGAAGGAGGCAACAAAUUUGUCUAAUCAGCUGGCAAAUGCAAAUGAAAAGAUUGCACAACUGAAAAAUGAAAAUUGCUUAUUACGUCAGUCAGAAGGUGCCAAUAUUUUCUUCCAAACAGUGAAUCUUCCAGAAGGAAUGGUUCCUUCAAGUGUUAAUAUGAUUAAUUCUCUGAAUGAAUAUUUAAUACGUCUUAUACAGGAACUGGAAAAUAAAGAACAGUUACUUAAACAAUUGGAAGAUGCAGUAGAGGACUACAAGCGAAAAUUUGUAGUAAUUCGUCAUCAGCAAGGCUUGCUGUAUAAAGAAUAUCGAAGUCAAAAGGAAAGCUGGCAGAAAGAAUCAGAAGAUAUGAAAGAGGAAAAGAAAAAGCUAGAAGAGCAAAAAGAACAGGAUGCUACAAAAAUAAAGGCAUAUUCUAAUUUACUCAGUGCACUUCAGCUGGGUCCUGAUGAAACAAAAAAAGUACUUGCUGAAAAUAAUAGAAAAAUAACUGUUUUACAAGUUAAUGAAAGGUCACUAACAAGGCGGUAUACCACUUUACUUGAAACGGAGCGGCAUCUGAGAAAAGAAAAUGAGAAGCUGAAGGGUGAAAUAACACAUAUGGAGACUGCAGUUAUAGGGAAGAUUGGAAACUUGCAACGAUUCAAGGAAAUGGCUAGCUUUAAGAUUGCAGCUCUGCAAAAAGCGUUGGAUGGCAGCGUACCAUUGUCUGAGCUAGAGCUGGCUAAUAAGCAGUAUAAUGCAUUAACUGCUAAAUACAGAGAUAUGUUACAAAAAGAUAACUUGCUCGUCCAGCGGACAACAAACAUGGAACACAUGGAGCAUGAGAAUGAAUCCUUGAAAGCACAGAUAAAUUUAUUAAAUAAGGAACUGGAGAUCACGAAAGAGAAACUUCACACUGUGGAACAGGCUUGGGAACAGAUGACUAAACUAGGCAAGUAUAAAAGGGAUGAUGACAAUGCCAUGGACAAGGCCACAAAAGCAAUAACCAACAGUGAGAUUUUAUCCAUUUCUAAGAAAAUCACUAUGUUGGAAAUGAAGGAACUAAAUGAAAGACAGAGAGCAGAUCAUUCGCAACGAAUGUAUGAACAUUUAAGGAAUACUGUACAGCAAAUAGAAGAACGUAAUCUUGAAUUGGAAACAAAAUUUGCUGAGCUCACCAAAAUCAACCUUGAGGCCCAGAAAGUGGAACAGGAAUUAAGAGAUGAACUGUCAAAGAGUGUAAGUAAGGCAGUAAGUGAUGCAGAUAGACAACAAAUCAUGGACCUAGAGAAGCGUGAGAUGGAGCUCAAGACUGAAGUAUCAAAGUUGAGAGAACUGUCUGAUGUAGCAAAAAUGCAAGUUGAAGCUCUGGAGGCACGCCAGCAAUACAGAGAUAAAGAAGUGGAAUCUCUUAGAAUCCAAAUUUUAGACUAUCAGGCACAGUCAGAUGAAAAAGCUGUUAUUGCAAAACUGCAUCAACAUGUCAUAGCCCUUCAAGGUAGUGAAUCUGUUGCUGUAGGCAAAUUGGAGACACUUAUGUUGAAACUACAGAAGUUGGAGAUCCAUAAUCUACGUUUAGAGCAGAAGCUUGAUGAGAAAGAGCAAGCCUUAUAUUUUGCCCGCCUGGAAGGAAGAAAUAGAGCCAAACACCUACAACAGACAGUUCAGUCUUUGCGGCGACAGUUUAGUGGUGCUCUGCCUUUAGCACAGCAAGAAAAAUUCUCUAAAACAAUGAUUCAGCUACAGAAUGACAAACUGAAGGUCCUGGAAGAAGUUCAGCAUGCCCAGGAGGCACGUCGAAAUGCAGAAAACAGAGCAUUAGAGAUGAAGUUAAAACUGAGAAGUUUAGAAGAAUUAGUAAGUGCAUUGAAGGAUACAAGAGGAGCUCAAAAGGUAGUUGAAUGGCAUAUGAAGAUGGAGGAACUCCGUCUGCAGGAACUUAAACUCAAUCGAGAGUUAGUCAAGCAAAAGGAAGAGGUGAAGUAUUUGCAUAAUAUAAUUUCUGAAUAUGAACGUACAAUCAGUAAUCUGGAAGAAGAAAUUGUACAGCAGAACAAGUUUCAUGAAGAAAGGCAAAUGGCUUGGGACGAGAGGGAAUUAGAACUGCAACGCCAAUUAGACCUAUAUGAUCACCAAAAAAAUGAAAUACUUAGUACAGCUGUAAAGUUAGAAGAGGCUACAGGAUCAGUUCCAGACCCUAGUUUGCCACUCCCACAACAACUUGAAUUCGCUUUGAGAAAGAUUCAGGAGCACAUUCAAACAAUCCUGGAAACUAGGGCAACCUGCAAAUCACUGGAGGAGAAAUUAAAAGAAAAGGAAACUGCUCUGUCGAAAUCUGAACAAAAUGUUUUAUCAAGAGACAAAGUUAUAAAUGAACUAAGACUUCAAUUACCUGCAACAGCAGAAAGAGAGAAAAUAAUGGCUGAAUUAGGCAAACAAGAUGAUCCAGAGUACCAUCAUGCCAUAAAAAUUGCUCAUGAAACCAUUGCAAAUAUGCACGCAAGAUUAAAUCAAAAGGAGGAAGUGUUAAAAAAAUACCAACGUUUGCUUGCUAAAGCAAGAGAGGAACAAGAGGAAACAGCAAAGAAGCAUGAGGAAGACCUUAGAGUUCUACACCAGAAGUUAAAUUUGCAUACUGACAAUUCCCUUAAUAAAUUCAAACAGACUGCUUUGGAGUUAGUGACAAAGACUUCUUUAUCACUUUCCAACAACAAACAUUUUCUCCACUUAGCUGAAAUGGAGCAAACUGUAGCAGAACAGGAUAAUUCUCUUGCUAGACUUAUUGGAAAAUUAAAGAAAACAUCAUCUGAUUUGGAAAAACAAAAGCAAAUUACUUUAAUGAAAAUCAAAGAGUUUGAGACUAUGAGAGCCCAGCUUCAGGAAAAGCACACAGUUGAUGUGGAACAGCUAAAAGAUGAAGCAAAUGAACUGAGAAGCACGUUAUCUCAGAUGGAGAAGGAAUUAGCAAAUGUGAAAGCUGAACUAGAGGUCCAAAAAGAAGCAAAUAAUAGAGCACCCACAGCAACACUGAAAAACCUGGUGGAACAGCUGAAGAGCCAGUUAGCCAUAAAAGAAAAGCAGCAGAAAGCUUUGAGUAAAGCACUUCUGGAACUCCGAGCAGAAAUGACUGCUAAUGCUGAACAGCAGAUUAUUUCUGCUGCAUCACAAAAAGAGGCGUAUAUGAAUGUCCAGGAGAUUGUUGACAGAGAAACAAAGGGGCUUAUGACACAGAUAGAGGAAUUAAAUAAUCAGAUUGCAAAACUUACAGAUAAUCUUAAAAUAAGUAAAACCAAGGAAAGUUCUUUGUCUGAUGAAAGGGAUGAGUUGAACCAAGAACUUCAGAGGAAACAAAAAGCAUUUGCUAAAAUGCUGAGAGAAAAAAAUGAAAUGGAAAAAGAAAAUGAAGAACUGAAGAAAAGGAUUAGGAGGCUAAGCGGUAGCAUUCAGAGCAAAGCUGAUGAACAAGAUCUGAUAGACACACUUCAGAAAAAAAUUAAAAAGUUGGAAAGUGAACUUGAGAAGAAGUGUGAAGAAACAGAAAAAAAAGGUGUAAGAGAAGACAAGACCUCCAAGGAGGAAAUAAUUAGAUGGGAAGAAGGUAAAAAAUGGCAAAUCAGGAUGGAAGGACUGCGGAACAAACUAAGGGAAAAGGAAAAAGAAGCAGAUGCUUUAGCCAAACAGUUGAAUUCAUUGAAGGAAAUCUAUACCAAGACUGAAAAAGAAAAAGUUGUUCUGCAGAAGAAACUGAAAACUACUGGUGUCACUGUUGACCGUGUUGUUGGAGUAAGAGCCUCAGAGACUGAACAAGAACUGGAAGAACUAAGAAAACGGAAUCUAGAUUUAGAAAAUGAAGUUGCUUACAUGAGAACACAGCAAGCAAUCCCACGAGAUUCUGUUGUAGAAGAAUUGCAUCUCAAAAAUCAAUACCUCCAGGAAAAGCUUCAUGCAUUGCAGAUACAAUGUUCAAGAGAGACAUAUUCUAGACCCUUGACAUCAGGAAUAGGAUCAGAUGUUCAAUAUCGAAGAGAACAAGAGCUUUUAAAGGAAAAUUUAAGAUUGUCAUCUGAAAACGUUGAGCUAAGAUUCCAGCUAGAGCAGGCCAAUAAAGAUUUGCCAAGACUAAAGGACCAAGUAGGUGACUUGAAAGAAAUGUGUGAACUUCUCAAAAAAGAGAAAGCAGAUGUUGAACGAAAGCUGGGCAGCAUUAGAGGAGCUGGUAGAAGUGGAAAGACAGUCCCAGAAUUGGAAAAAACAAUUGGUUUGAUGAAAAAGGUUGUAGAGAGAGUCCAAAGAGAAAAUGAAGACCUGAAAAAAGCUCCAGCUGUGGUUUCUAAUGAGAAAUUACUUAGUCUUGAACAGGAAAAUGCUAGGCUAAAGUUUGAAAUGGAAAAAAUGAAGCUUCAUCUGGGGGGCCAGCUGAAUAUGCAUUAUGAAUCUAAAACCAAAGGAAUGGAAAAAGUCAUUACUGAAAACGAGAGGCUGCGUAAAGAACUGAAGAAGGAAGCUGACAGUGGAGAGAAGCUACGAAUAGCGAAGAAUAACUUGGAGAUAUUAAAUGAGAAGUUAACUGUACAGCUGGAGGAAACCAUGAAGAGGCUAAGUUUGGCUGAGAGCCAGUCUGACAGAGCUGACAGCAAAAGCUGGAAGUCCGUUGUUGUGACAAGGAUGCACGAAACUAAGAUGAAGGAAAUGGAAAUGGAUAUUGCUAAAAAAACCCAAAGUAUUACUGACCUUAAACAGCUGCUUCAGGAAGCAACAGAACGUGAACACAAUGCUGAUAAAAACUUAAAAGAUCUAAAAGAACAAAUUGAACUUCUCAAACACCUUCCUGAAGGUGCAGGGACGGAGCAAAGCCUCAUCAGGGAGCUUCGGCUUUUAAGAUUAACCAAUAAUCAUUUAGAGAAAGAAAAAGCAGAACUAGCUCACCAGGUGGAGGAUUGUAAGCACCACAUACACACAUAUACAAGUGAAGGUCCUGCAGCCGGACAUAAUGAAACUGUAGAGGAGAAAACUCACAAGUUAAUGACAGAAGUAGCUGACCUCCAGACACAGCUGAAAGCCUCAGAGUUGGAAAAACAGCAAUUAAAGGAAGAAACAAAAAAGCUGAGAAGAGAACUAGAAAACUUUGACCUCUCCUGUUUUGAAGAAAUUGAGGAUCUGAAAUACAACUACAAUGAAGAAGUAAAAAAAAAUAUUAUCUUAGAAGAGAGAUUAAAGCAGCUUUCUGAAGAGUUUGGCAUUCAAGUGGAUAGUCCUGGCAACGUUUCUGUUGAUUAG